AUGGAGCUGCACACCCCGGCAGAGCGCUGGCUCUCGGUUUUCAGCACUGCGCUCUGUGUCUUAUUCGCGUCCAUCUUCACAUCUGUAGUCACCAACGACAUCUCAGACCUUCGUCGGCUGAAGCGGAUGCGGAAGGAGGCAGAGGACAAGCUGUUCGACUACCUCCAGGUGCAUCCGGUGCCCCCAAGCUUGGAACAGCACCUCAGCAGCUACGCAAGGCGGCACAUGUCGAGGGUGACACCCCCUGGCAAGGCUGAGCUUGCUGCCUCCUUGCCACACUUCCUGUACGAAGAGCUAUGUCAAGAGGCCUUACUUCCGGUGGUCAGCGGCCACUCCCUCCUGAACGGACUUUGCUGCAAGUAUGCAGCCUUCCGGCGUGACUUGUGCGUGCGCUGCUUAAUGGAUUGGCAUGUCAUGGCGCAGGAGACUCUUUUCUUGCCGGGGGGGCGGUGUGAGAGUCUCCUUUUCAUUGCGCGUGGGAACAUCACCUACAGCAAGACGCGCCUGCCUUUAUUGGCCGGCUCUCAAGACAUCUCCAGGGCUUGGACUAACACCUUACCAGCUUCCAAUGUGUCCAGCAUGCCCACGUCUCUGACGUCUCUGACUCUGUCGGAGGGCGAUUGGCUCUGCGAACAGUGCCUUUGGACUUCUUGGACCUAUCUCGGGCAAGCGGGAGCUGACACCGGAGCAGACAUGCUUUGCCUCGGCCGUGACAAGGUCUUCGAACUUGCUCAGGUCUGCAAGGAGGCUGCCUCCGAGAUCGCCAAGUAUGCGGAGCUUGCAGUCGCUCUACUCAACAGCACAGCUGAGGAGAGCCUCUCAGACUUGCCGAUCGAGCUUUCACCAGAGAUUCAGUAA